AUGGCCGACACUGCCACUCCUCCGGCAGCCUCUGUCGACAAAUCGGCGCCUGUCAAACCUGAGAGGCCAGAUGAGGGCCUAUACAAGGAGAACUUGGCCAAGGCGGAGAAAGAGCUGAAGGCGGCCGAGGAGCGCAUGAAAGUGCUAAAGGGCAAGAUUGACAAUGCUCGUCCGAACAACAAGGACUCUCCGGCUGGCAAACGCCAGCAGGAGCUCCGCGCGGAGCUCGGCCAGAUCCGCACGCAGCAGCAGUCCAGCAAAUCCUCGCGUACCGGUGUGAUGGACCAAAUCAAGCGUCUCGAGGAGACUCUCAAGUCCCGCAUCACGGAAUCGAAGAAUGCCCGCAGCAAGGUUCAGUUCAAGUCCGCCGCCGAUGUCCAGGCCGAGAUCGACCGCUUGCAGGCCUCUGUUGACACCGGCACGAUGAAAAUUGUCGAUGAGAGGAAGGCUCUUGGCGACAUCUCCCAGCUGAACCGUCAGAAGAAGGGAUUUGCCAGUUUCGACGAGGCGCAAAAAGGAAUUGACGAUAUCAAGGCCAAGAUUGCUGAACUUCGCAAGCAACUCGACGAUCCCGAAUCCAAGGCACUGUCCGAACGUUACACCCAGAUCACAACCGAGCUUGACCAGAUCCGUGCCGAACAGGACGAGUCCUUCAAGAGCUUGAACUCUCUGCGUGAUGAACGCACAAAGGCCCACGAGGAUCAGCAGAAGAAAUAUGCCGCGGUCAAGGAGAUCAAGGACGCGUUUUACCAGCAACGCCGCGCUGCUGKAGAAUAUGAACGCGAAGCGAAGCGCAUCCGUGAGGAGAAGCGAAGAGCAGAGAAUGAUGCUUACCACCGCGGCCGGAGACAGGAGGCUGCUCAGGCGAAGCUCGAGGAUGCCAGCGCUCCUGCUUACCAGGAUGAAAUCCGUACCACACAGGCCCUUCUCGCGCAUCUUGACCCAUCCUCCGUCACCAAGCAGGAAGCUGCUGGCCCCGGCAAGCUUGCGGCGACUAACUUCCGCACCGUUGAGGCAACCGGACUCAAGGGAACCCCUCUCGCCAAGAAGGGCGCAGAAGAGGAGAACUACUUCAUCGGCGGCGCUGGAAAGAAGAACAAGCGUGCUCGUGGUCAGCAGCAGCCAAACGGCACGGCAGCCCCAGCUCCCGAGCGCAAGUUCCAGCUCGACCUCGGAACCAUUGACAGCCUGGCUAAGAUCAACGUUGAUCCCCCAAURUCCCAGGCUGAUGUGCCGGCCGUUGUUGAGAAGCUGAAGGAGAAGCUUGCAUUCUGGAAGGGCGACCAGGAUCGCAAGACCAAGGAGAACAUCAAGAAAGCACAGGAAGAGAUUGACCGCCUCGAAGCUGAAGCCAAUGCUAUUGACAACAAGGCCACGAAAUCGGAGAAGCCACAGGUCAACGGCGGUGCCGAGCAGAAGGACUCUGUAGGUCAAGUCUCUGACAACCUUGAGAAGACCACCAUCGAGGAGAAGUCGGCAGCAGAUGCCACGACCKCUUGA